AUGCCAUUCUUCAUGCGGUCUGUGUGGAAAAUACUCAGCUGCUGCCGAUUAACUUUCCAAGUGGAAGAGACUUUCCUUAGUCAGUCUGUGAACCCGAGAUCUCUCACUGAUGAGAGGAAACCUGACUCUGAAGCCACCAGUCUCAGUGAGGACACUCCAGAACCUAAAACCUCUAGCGUCUGCACUGUCAAACCAGAGGAAGAAAAGAGGAAUACAGCUAUAGACAGCCCAGGGCUUCUUCCAGAUUAUUCAAAUGUCCCCACCCCUUCUGAUGUAGGGGAAUCACGUCCUCUGUUUCCUAUGACCAGGAGUUCUCUAAAUGCACCACUUCAGCAGCAGUUAGAGACAGAUAGUGCCACUGAACAGGACUUAAGGCAAGAUCUGCUCCAGGCAACUAGCAAUCCUACCUCCAGUCUUUCCAAGGGCACUGGAACGCUUGCCAAGAAGAUGACAAUGAGUCUUCAAGCUCCAGUUGCAGAGGGCCAGUGGGAAGGAGAAGUUCCUGUAAGACCACUAGAGGAAAUGGAGGAAGAAGAUGAAGAAAACACCAUGCUGCCUGAAAAACAAAGUCAUUCUACUGAGGAUAUUGCUGGAUUCUCAGAUAUUGUGGCAAUAGGAGAUCCACCUUCACAAACUCAAGAGGUUUCUGAGGCUGCCCCAGACCACCAGCAAGGGAUCCCGGAGCAGAGUGACCCAGACAAUUUAACAAGGAGUCUUGCCAUAUUUCACGAUCAUGAUUACCUAGGUCCUCUGGUCACUAGAAGCAGGUAA